CAAGUGUAUGGUCCUUAAGCAAACCAAUUGUAUUCUGUGUGCGUCAACAGGAGGGAGAGAGAAGAGAAAAAAAAAAAAAAAAACUGAAACAAAGAAACGAAUUUCUCACUUUUAGUGCUCCUGAAACUCCAACUUCUCCAUUCUCGAUCUCUCCGUCCACCACUGCAACCUACGCUACUUUGAACGCUACCGUUUGGAUUCUCAAGAAAAUCUCAAUGCCACUCCUUUGAUUUUCAAGUUCUCUUUUAGUCGAAUAAAAGGAUUUGGAAUUUGUAGAUUUUUUUGUUAUAGUGGUUUUUUAAUCAUUUUGAAGCAUGAGUGCUUAUCUAGUUGGUGUUCUUGUUCCUGUUCUGGUUACUCUUCUGUUCCGGAGUUCAAAGAACAAUGUGAAGAAACGAGGAGUUCCGGUCGAUGUUGGCGGCGAAGCUGGUUAUGCGAUAAGAAAUGCGAAGUUCUCGAAGCCGUUAGAAACGGCGUGGGAAGGUGUUUAUACUCUUGCUCAGCUUUUUGAGGACGCGUGUAUGAGAUAUGGGGAUAAGUUAUUGUUAGGAACAAGGAAAUUGAUCUCAAAGGAGACUGAAGUGAGUGAAGAUGGGAGGUCUUUUGAAAAGCUUCAUUUGGGAGAGUAUGAAUGGCUUACUUAUGAGACAGUGUUCGAAAAAGUUUGUAGUUUUGCUUCUGGGUUAGCUCAGAUUGGACAUAGAAAGGAAGAACGUGUGGCUAUAUUUGCUGACACCAGAGCUGAAUGGUUUAUUGCGUUGCAGGGUUGCUUUAGGCGCAAUGUCACUGUGGUUACCAUUUAUGCAUCUUUGGGGGAGGAGGCUCUGUGUCACUCAUUAAACGAGACAGAGGUUACAACUAUCAUUUGUGGGAACAAAGAAUUGAAGAAACUUGUGGACAUAAGUGGACAACUUGACACAGUGAGACGUGUGAUUUGUAUGGAUGAUGAAAUUCCAUCUGCUGCAUCAUCACUGGAGCAGAGUGGUCACUGGAAAAUCAUCUCACUUCCUAACGUGGAGAAACUUGGUCGAGAAAAUCCUGUUGGAGCUGAUUUACCAUUAUCAACUGAUGUUGCUGUAAUAAUGUACACUAGUGGAAGUACUGGAUUGCCUAAGGUUGGAGCAUCUUUAUUAUUAUUUUUUUUUUCUCAAAUUUCACCUUUCAUGUUGCAGAAUAUAGUAGCAGCUGUUGGAAGUGCGAUAGGGUAUGGAACUCCUCUGACGCUAACUGAUACAUCGAAUAAGAUUAAAAGGGGAACAAAGGGGGACGCCACUGUCUUGAGGCCAACUGUAAUGGCAGCUGUCCCAGCAAUUCUUGAUCGUGUCCGAGAUGGUGUGCGCAAGAAGGUGGAUGCAAAGGGUGGCCUAAGUAAGAAACUGUUUGACUUAGCGUAUGCCCGUAGAUUGUCUGCAUUGAAUGGUAGUUGGUUUGGAGCUUGGGGCCUAGAAUUGCUUCUUUGGAAUUUCCUUGUAUUUAGGAAAGUUCGAGCAGUUCUGGGAGGUCGCAUCCGUUUUUUGCUUUCUGGAGGUGCUCCUCUUUCUGCUGAUACUCAAAGAUUUAUCAACAUUUGCCUUGGGGCUCCAAUAGGCCAAGGCUAUGGUCUCACUGAGACUUGUGCUGGUGGGACCUUUUCUGAGUUUGAUGAUUCAUCUGUUGGUCGAGUUGGUAAUCCAAUCCCUAGCACAUUUAUUAAGUUAAUAGAUUGGCCAGAAGGUGGAUAUUUAACCAGUGAUUCACCAAUGCCUCGUGGGGAAAUAGUUAUUGGUGGUCCUAGUGUAACUGUUGGCUAUUUCAAGAAUGAAGGGAAAACAAAGGAAGUGUACAAGGUUGAUGAGAGAGGAAUGAGGUGGUUCUACACAGGUGACAUUGGGCAAUUUCAUGCUGAUGGUUGCCUUGAGAUAAUUGACCGUAAAAAAGACAUAGUCAAGCUUCAGCAUGGGGAAUAUGUCUCUUUGGGAAAGGUUGAGGCUGCUCUUAUCGUAAGCCCCUAUGUUGACAACAUGAUGCUGCAUGCUGAUCCAUUUCACAGUUACUGUGUGGCCCUUGUGGUGCCUGCACAACCUGCCCUGGAAGAUUGGGCUUCAAAACAGGGAAUCAGCUUUACCAGUUUUUCAGACUUGUGUGAGAGAAAUGAAGCGAUAAAGGAAGUGCAAGCAUCACUCGGCAAGGAAGCUAAGAGAGCACGUUUGGAAAAGUUCGAGAUCCCAGCAAAAAUUAAAUUGCUUUCUGAGCCGUGGACUCCUGAAUCUGGACUUGUCACUGCUGCGCUCAAGAUCAAGAGAGAGGCCAUCAGGAAAGCCUUCUCCGCAGAACUCUCCAAGUUAUAUGAAUCAUGAGAUAAGAAAAACUAAUUUGCAUUGGUGAUUGGCAGAAUUUCUAGUACAAAUGACUUGCUGUUUCUCUUGGAUUUUUUUUUUUUUUAACAUUAAUUUUAUUUAAUACCCUCCCUCUAUCUAUUGUACCUUAAUUUUUUGCUUUCUUAAUUUACAUACAACAGUUUUCCUGUUUCCUCUUUCUA